AAACACAGAGUGAAAUAACUAUAAUCUAAGAAUGGCUGCUCCUGUAAAAACAGGAUUAAGAUACGUAAAACCAAUUUUGUCACUGACCCCUGGAGACUGUCGUAACAGAGUAAUAACUUUGUAUAAGGCAUGGUACCGACAAAUUCCAUAUAUCACUGCAUUGUAUGACCUUCCAAAGACAGAUGCUGACUGUAGGAAAAAGUUAAAAGAAAUAUUUAAACGUAAUGCGCAUCUAACAGAUAUAAGAACUAUUGAUAUAUUACUUAUUAAGGGACAAAUGGAGCUUGAAGAAACUACUAAUAUGUGGAAACCAACUUGUACACUUUUGUACUAUUGGAAUGAUACUGUAGACCCAAAGCCCACAGAUUUUAUGUCAAAAUUCCUAGGAGGUCAGAACUGAAGUGUUUCAUGGUACAAAGUAGAAAAUGUAAUAUAAUACUUAUUUUAAGUGUUUGUAGAAUGAAUAGUUUUUGUGUUCUGUAAAAAAAAAUGUAUAUACACACUGCUGUUUGAAUAGUCAUCUAAAGAAUAAAAUUAUC